ACGAUAUCACCUCAUAUCGAUAGUCUGCCAACUUUUGGAUCAUGCGGGCUAAUUAUGGCGACAGCUUCCCUCCCAACUGGCACCAUCGCCCAAAGGACCUAAUCAGCUCCAACGACACUACCUACCGCCAUUACACCCGAACUCCGUCAACUUUAGUUCACGCGGAUGCACUUGACGGAGCGUUGGCUUGCCAUUGAUCCGGGGUCUACGGAGUACACUGCAAACCUACCCGUCAGUAACGAACGGUCUUGCAUCGGCGCCUCGAACCAACAGCUCGCAGCCUCAAGGCAGCACCCGGCCUGCACAGCAUCCGUGCCGUGCCUACCUUGACUAGGUUUUUGCGCACGCGUUCAUCAGCCAACAGCCCAGGGUCUUAUUGCUUUUCCCUCGCAACAUGAUGCCUGCCUUUCUGCCCGCCGACAAUCGCAAUUAUCGCAAAAUGUCCACGAUCGUCGCCCAUCGCGUCUCUCGAGUCUCAGGGGCCCCAUGGCUCGCGGAGUGCGCAACAAUUAUCUGCCCGUCCCGCAGUACGGAUACACUACUUCCCGCCUUCGCCGCAGUAGAGCCCGCCGUUCGUCAGCGUCCGCCCCGCGGAAGACGCAAGUUUAUCCGGUCAGACGCCAGUGCCUCGUGGGUCGGGUUGCCGUUCUGUCAGACUGUCAGUGCCCAACUGAUUGAUAUCGGUGCUCGCUAUCACAACCUCAUCUACAUCCGACCCUUCCAUUUGCAUUGUCAGCUCGUGCGGCACGUAUAACAACAUUAUUCGACAUCAAUACGAAUUCUCUCGCAGCCAUAUAUGGCAUGAUUCAACGAUCGGCGUGGCCAAGACACUGUUUUUGUGCCUCACCCUCGGGCCCUCAUUUCCCCUUGUACACGACGGAUACUACACUGCGGACAUGGUGACAUUGAACCAUUCGAUUGAGUUGAGGCGAUCGUCGACUCCGGUUGCAAGGCCAACAGCCUCGUUCGUACCUGCUUUCAGCCAGAAAGGGGCGACAGAAGGACGCCCCUGUCACGGUGCAAUCUCCUUUUCUCCAGAUCACACAUAUCGUUUCCCUCCACUGCCUAUGUCAGCUUUCAUCUUCUGAAGUCGUCAAUGGCAGCGAGCAAAACCCCGCGCCGUUGAUUGGCGGACGGACUUUGAGGCGUCGAGGUGUGCCCAUCAUCCCCAAUCACUGUCCUGUUGUGGCUAGGUUAAUGUGAUGUGAUGUGAACAGCAUCUUUGAACCUUGAGGGUCGAGAUAUCGGAUUGCAGGGAAUGCGGCCGCUAGAUUUUGCGGAGAACAGAAACCACGCCUGGGCAUCCCAGUCUUCCCGCUCUUCCGCUAACAGCUCGCGAACGGCGCAACAUCGCGUCGCUUCUGGACCCCAGCCACGCGCGGCACAUCGACACAGAUCCUAGUCGGAACUUACGGCCUCUAGUCUGUCUCUAGGCUCUUUGUUUGCCUUUGGCGAAAAGAUUACGUCCGUAAACAUGGAGAAGAAGACGGGCGAACUAAGAAAGAUCGCGGCAUUAUUCAAAGCGGUAGACAAACUAUUGUGGUCGACUACCUAGCA